AUGUCACACGGCCGCCGCUCCUCCGCCUGUACGGCCUCUACCAACACCGUACCCCCGAAGAUACUUGCGCUCAGGCGAAACUUGGACUCUCAAACAUAUUCUGCCUUCAUCGAAGAAGCCGAGAUUCUCGACUCAUUCGCGACGAUGGAGCCUCCUAUCCGCUAUUCCUUCAGGGCGCCCUUCAAGCGCUUCUACUCCGCCAUUGUCCUGGGACAGCUCUGCCUCCUCUCCACCGUCGUGGCGCUUGUCCUGACCAUCGCCAACUACAAUCGAGCCGACGAAGGCGAUCGUGCGAGCUACGUCAUAUGGCUUGUUCUAUCCGCCUCGGCCACUUUCUCCUUCAUGCUCUUGACCUUCGUCUUCUGGCACCGGCGCCGCAAGCUUCACGUCAUGCAGAACCGGCUCCGUGCAAUGCAGCUCGAUGCCCAGGCACACGGCUCGCAGAAGCGCCUCGAAACCGCAUCGGCAGGAGUGCCGCAGCUGCGGGCAGAGACAGACCAUCGGCACAGCGUAUUGGCACAGCGCCACUUCGAUGUCGCUGAAGAUUCGGUGCCUGCAGGUAUUGAACCAACGCGCAGGAUGAGCGUCAUCGCGGCCAACACGGCCGGCCGUCGUCGUCAGAUGAGCAGCGCCACCGGGGAAGGCUGCGAGCUUUCUCUGUUCCAGACGCAUCUCAGCAUUGGAAGCACCAAAGACGAUGUCGCCGACAUCACCAACUCCUCUGCCGCCGGCCAGAGCCCGCCAUCCACCUACAUGAACCCGCUCCAGCGGCCCCUCCGGCGCGAGUCGACAACCACCCGCCUUUGGCAAGACGACCCAACGAUGAUGGACCUCUUUAACGGUCUCGCCGGCGCGAAUAGCAGCAACAAGAACCGGUCUUCCCCGUCCGCCAUCCGUUCACGUCCCUCCAUCACGUCCAAUUCGACCAUCUCUCCCACGUCGUCCCCGAGAAAGAGAGCGGCUACCAUCCGUUCUCGCUGUGAUCCGGCAACACUUCAAGCCCCUCCUGUCUCCAACGCUAACCACCGCAGCUCCACCGCUCUGCCUUCCACACAACAACAGCCUCAACCCGUCAACACCAACUCCUGCCGCACUCGCGCGGCCUCGACAGCGUCAUCUUUAUCUCCAGACUGCGGUGUCUUGCUGCCAUCCUUCCCACUACCACCCUCGCACGCACGUUUCAGCGACCCAUCACUGCCGCUGCCACCUGGAGAAGAGGACAUGAGUAGUAUGACAGUGAUAUGGAAGAGGGGGGAGGAUGUAGUGGGCAACGGUGGUGGGCAGCAGGGUGGGGAGGGACAGGACAAACAUGAGAACGACAGUGGCACAAAGACACAUAGCAGUGAUACGGAAGACGGGCCGGAAGCAGUGGCGGUCGAUGGUGGCGCAAGAAGUAACGGCGGCGGCGGCGGCUUUCUCGAACCCCGGAGGUAUGACACAACAGUCUCGGCUCGGACGAGGGCGGCGGCGGCGGCGGCGGAUGAUGGCAGGAGAGACUCACACGUCGACGACAUCGAUCGGGAGGGCGAUGACGAAGAGGGAGAACGCGAGGCGCACGGCGGUGGCGUCGACGACGGCGGCAAAUCAUACGCCCAUCGUCUCACGCUUCUUCAGACACAGCAACAAUCGGCUCCGCUCCUCCCUCCGAACGAUCGUCCCUCUACGUGGUGUCCCUCUACAUGGGGCACACCGCCGCCCCAGCAGCAGCACAGGCAUCAACGCCGAUCUCACACCAUACCUGCCGACCAUUCCCGUUCCUCUUCCCCUUCCCUCUCCUUCCCAUCCCACACCGAGAUGCACUGCCAGCCCGGCAGCAUCAGAAGCAGCACCGAGGAGCUACUCGCCCCUCAUCGCCCGCUGCAGUCUAGAAAUCAUUCGAACAGCAGUGGCUAUGGGGACAAUGAUGAUGGGUGCAGGAAACCCAAGAACAUGAGUUCAGAACCGGGUGGAGCAUGGACAGCGCCGAGCAUGCGUGGAAGGAGCGCGAGCGGAUCGCGGUUUAUAGAGGAGAUGGGGUAG